UUGCUGAAGCCAUUUCCAUUUUUUGUAUGCCAUGUGUUUUUAUCUAUCAAUUAUUGCACCAGGUUAUUAUUCCUCUUAUGAAGAGAUGUUCACUCUCUUUUCCUCAGGGCGUAGUGGGCCAAUUGCAGAGGCUGCCCCCAAGAAGAAAUCAGACCCACACGUUGUCCAGCAAUUGAUGAAGGUGGUGCUGAAGUCCCUAACAUCAGAGCGACAUAACUGCCUUGUGUCGAAGAGGUCAGACAUUCCAACGGCAGAAAGUCGGGCAGAGAGAUUGCUGAGGUUAGAUGGGGGGAAUGGCAUGGAGGACGAUCUUUCAAAGCUGGCGCUGAAUAACAGUCCGAACAAGCGGUACUUCCGUGCUUCUACGGGGAUGCAUUUUGAGGUGCGCGACUUGCUUGCGCAAACGCUUGGAAAGAUGAAUGACUGGAAUGAGACCUCAGGGUCAUCUGAAAUGGAUUGGAAUCUUCUGUGGUCCUGGUCAUCUAAACCAGGUGUCAAGUUCUCGGAGUUGCUGGUGUGGCAACGCGUUAACCACUAUCCGAACGCAAUUCAACUUACUCGUAAGGACCUACUGAAGCGGCAUCUUGUGCAUUUCAGCCGAAUGCACGAGAGAACAGAUGUGAAAGGCAAAGGCGAGUUUGAUAUAAUGCCUACAACUUUCACGUUGCCUGGUGAAUAUAGGCAAUUUGUUGAAGCGUUUGAAGAAUCUGAGGAGGAAGAACGUAACCGAGCCUUGCAGUCUUCCGUCGCGUCCGAGUCAGUUGUCACCACCGACUCCCAUUCCGGGAGUUUCGCGGGAAAAGGAAAUCAGGAUGCCUUGCAGAAGACAGGGUUAACAAAAGGCCCGCAACAAGGAGCGGACAAGCCUGGAAGGGCCGCAAACAAUGAUGGCGAUAUUCCUGCCACUAACCGACAAGUAAGACAUAUUGUUGAGGGUUCAAUGCCUUCAGACGUCAAACAGAAUGAGGGCGAGAGAGACCAGUCAAGUGAUGCAAAGAAAUGUGGUAUGCAGCUGCUUCACAGUGAGAAUGAAGUUGGUUUGGAGGCUGCAACAGAACAAGAGAAGUGUUACAGGAGUGGACUGCAGAGUGCAAGGAACAGAGAGGAGGCAGGUUGGUCAUUGAAGAGGCUUGGCGUCUUCAGGAAGCAGCUUGGCUGGAGAGAACGAGGGUGUUGGAGCGCUCGUCCGGAUCUUUGCAGCAUUGCCGGCAGAACCAGCUGGGGGCACUGGACACACAACCUGCGCUGCAUUCGCAGGCAGUCUGCAUGUGGUGCUCAAGAAACUGACCAAAGGAUUACAAGAUAUGCGGACCACCUCCGUAGGAGUCUAGAGAUGCUGAGACAAAGCAGCUGCUCGGAACGAAUCGCUGGUACAUCGGCGUACUGUUCAGUGCCUGGUAUGAAACAAGGCAUAGUGCACAGCAAUGCAAUGCAGUCUGAUGAUGGCUGUGACGGGGUUGGCAUCAGACUUCAUUCAUCUGUAUGCGCUGAUAGAGUUGGAACGUGUAACGGGUUUGAUGAAAUCGGUAAUGAUGUCCUCGUCGAGGUAGAUCAGGGCAAGAAAGCUGAAGCAUGUGUUGACGCGCUCAACAGGGCUGAUGGGCAGGUUAUGGGGAUCUUGGAUAAGAAAGAUGGCAACAAUUGUGAUCCAAGGAAGGAAGACGAUGGAGGUCAUUGUAAAGGCUAUGCGAGGAAAGAAGUGAAUGCUGCAACUGACAGCUACUUUCGAAUGGCAAAGGGUUCACUGGAUGACAGCGGUCCAUGCCGUGCUCAGCAGGAGCAGGAAAGCACAAACGCCGACGUCUCUGAAAGAAAGAAAUGGACACCUGAAGUGGACGGGGGGCUGGCAGAAGCCAGUGCUUCUGUGAAGGAACCACACAACAUUAAGCUGGUUACCGCAGACAUGGAGCGGAGUAAUGGUCACUUUGAGGGGGUUAGCUCUGCAUCGGGCAUGGUUGCGGGAAAGGAUGCGAUGGAGGCAAACAAUGCUCCGAUGCAGCAAGGUGAGGAAACGCAGCGUGAUUGCAAAUGCAGCCAGGCCCAGGGGGAACAUAGCGAAAACUUGUGGAUCAUGAAGCCAAUUGGCCAGUCCAGGGGACGUGGCAUCUUCCUCAUCAAUGACAUCAACGAGAUUUCCUAUGGCUCUCCUAUGGUUGUCCAGCGGUACAUCUCCAGGCCCCUUUUGGUGGAUGGCUACAAGUUCGAUCUGAGAAUUUAUGUCUUGGUGACAUCCUUCAACCCACUUGAAGCUUUCCUGUAUAAGGAGGUACCUGUGAGAACACUCAUGGACAGACAUAAGUGCAGGUGCACGUACUUCUGACGGGUGUGUGAUCACUUCCUGCUCAACCACACAAAUGUGGUGAACCUUUCAUUACAAUUUGCCACGAAAGCAUGCGAAAAAUGAACAAACUUUCUUUGCAAAC